AUAAAAGGUUCCAUUCUUUCCAAUGUUAAAUUUUUUUCCCACAAAUUUUGUUUUUCUAUUUUACUAAAAAGAAAUUAUUAGAAAAAUGAGUGAUGAUAAACUUUUGCAAAAAUUAUCUCAAAAUUCACCUAAAUUAACUCCUGAUAAUAAACCAAAUGAUAAAAAAAAACCUCAUGAAGAAGCUAAUGAUAAUCCUAUAAAAGAAUCAUCAAAAAUGGCGCCACAAUAUAAGAAUAAGGAUGAUAGCAAGAAAAAUAACAAUCACACUGAUAACUCCUGGGAGGAAACUAUUGUUAACGGCUUCCAAUUGGAUUCGGCAUUACCAGAAGAUGGAAAAUCUCAUCGGGGUUUAUUAAGAUUUCAGCGUAAAACUAAGCAUAAAAAUAAACAGUAUAAUCGCGAAUUAAUACAAGAAGAAAAUCGAGAAAAGGCGUCGGUAAAUAUAAAGAUUAUUAUUAUUAUUAUUAGUAAUUUGAAGUUUAUGAAUUAUUUUUUAAAUUUUUUAAAUUUUUUUUCAUUCAAACUCUAAAAUAAGGAUAAGAAGAACAGAUAUGAAAGUUUUUGUGAGGAAUGGGGAUGGGAUGAUAGUAUUUAGUCAAGUGAAUUCUCAUCUUCCUGAUAUUGAGAGUGAAAGAAUAAUAAAAGGUAUAAUGUUUUUAACGUUUCAACGAUCAUAUAUUUAUUUAUUUUAUAUUAUCAGUAGUAAUAUUCUAUAGUAUUGUUUUUAUUUUUUAUUUUUGUAUCUUAUUAAAUUAAAAUUAAAUGUUUUAAAACGCGGGUAUUUGUUAUUUG